AUGUUGCUACAUUUCUCGGAGAUUAAUUCUGCUCGCAAGCUGUUUGAUGACAUGCCCGAACGAGAUGUGGCAGCAUGGAAUUCUAUGUUAUCAGGAUAUUCCCGAAAUGGAUUUGUCCAUGAAGCUGUUUCGCUGUUUCGGAUGAUGGGUAGUUCUGGAAUGGAGCCCAAUUGGCUGACGUUAUCGAUUUUACUUCAGCUUUGUGGUGAUGUUAAUGAUCAGAGGCUCGGAAUGUCUGUUCAUGGGUACUGCAUUCGGCAUUUUGAGUUUGAAGAUCCUUUCUUUGAGAAUUCUCUUCUUGUUUACUACAACAAAAUUGGGUAUUUUUAUGUUUCUGAGAAGCUUUUUGAGAGGAUGCCGAUACGAGAUAUCGUAUCUUCAAAUGUCAUGAUAUCAGGAUAUAUUAGAAGUGGAUGCCCUUGGAGAGCUUUAGAAGUAUUUCAGUUGUUAAGAAAGGAAGCUCUGAGUUUGGAUGUGAUCACCCUUGAGAUAGCACUGCAGGCAUGUGGGCAGAUUGGGAGAGAUGCAAUCUUUGAGGGGGAGUCGAUUCAUGGACUUUUAGUGAGAUUGGGUGUUCCAAAUGAUGUUUAUUUUGACAAUUCUCUUCUUCUCAUGUACUGCAAAUGUGGAAACAUGGAGUCUGGUAAGCAUUUGUUUGAUUCAAUGGAAGUCAGAAAUCUUGUUUCAUGGAGCAUCAUUGUCAAUGGUUUUGUUCAGAUAAAAUGCCCAUCGAAGGCUAUGUCUCUCUUUAAUUGUGCAGUAAGAACCGAGUCAGAAGUGAGUUCUGAGUUAUUGGUGAGUGCUUUGCAAGCUACAAAGAUAACAGGAGGAUGUGCACAACAGGUUAUGUCGAUGCAUUGUUUUAUUAUUAAAGUAGGAUUUGAUUCUGAUGUAUAUGUGGGUAGUUCUCUUAUUUCUGCUUACGGAGAAUAUGGAGAAGUUAAAUUUGCUCAUAAAUGCCUACAUUCAUCGGCAUCUCAAGGCAACAAUCAAUUGGCUUGCUGGAACUCUAUACUUUCUGCUUGCGUGCAUCAUGGGUAUUUUUCUGAUGCUGUCGAGCUUCUUCACAGUAUGAAACUUCAGAAGUGCACAUUUGAUGCUAUAACCCUUGUGAAUGUUCUAUCUUUGUGUACUCAUCAAUUGGAUUUGGAAUCUGGUAAGGUUGUCUAUGGAUAUGUAAUCAGGAGCAAAUUCGAUUCUGAUGUUUUUGUUAUCUCGUCAUUGUUAGAAUUAUUCAUCAAAUGUGGGCUACUGAAUGUUGCCUGCUGCAUAUUCUCGAAGAUGGCACUCAGGAAUCUAGUGACAUGGAACACAAUGAUACAUGGCUGUGUUCAAUUUGGAUUUCCUACAGCAUCGCUGAGGCUUUUCUGUCUUAUGCAACAGAAAGAAGGUUUAAUGCCUGAUGCCACAUCUAUAGCUGGUGUUAUCGAAGCCGUUGCACAAAGAGGAUGUGAAAAGGAAAGAGACUACGUUCAUGAUUAUGCUAUUGAGAAGGGCUUUAUCAAUGACGAGUUUGUUGCUAAUUCUCUUAUUGUUAUGCACGCAAAAUUUCUCGAAUUUGAUAAGGCAAGCUUGGUGUUUUCCAGAGCUAGCAAACUCAAAUCAGUUACAUGGAAUGUUAUGAUUGCUCAGUAUUCUCUUCAUGGUCUAGUGAACAAUGCUAUAUCGGUUUUUCAUCUAAUGAAGCUUAACAGCAUAGCACCUGAUUCCAUUACACUGCUCUGUCUGCUCAGGGGCUUUCCAGGUUUAGGGUCACUAAACUGCAUAAAAUGGCUUCAUGCAAUCAUACUGAAGUCUGGCCAUGCAUCUGAUCUUUAUCUGGAAACUUCACUUAUAGACAUCUACGCAAAAUGUGGAGACUUGAGCAUGGCUCGUCAAGUAUUUGACGAGAUGAGCUAUAGAACUAUAAUAUCUUGGAACUCCAUGAUUCAAUCCUAUGGGAUUCACGGGAACUUAGAGGAAGCUACAAAUCUGUUCACCAAAGUGCAACAGUCAGGCAUAGAACCAACUUUGGUUACAUUUCUCAUUCUUAUAUCGGCAAGUAGCCACGUUGGAGAUAUCGAAAAGGGUCAACAAUUUUUUGAUACGAUGACCAAAGUCUAUUCAUUUUCCCCGAGGGAAGAGCAUUUCGCUAGUUAUAUCGACCUUCUUGGUCGUCGUGGCUUUGUUCAAGAGGCUUAUGAGCAUUUGGAGAAAUUGCCGAGUGGCGCUGGAGUUUGCGCUUGGGGUUCACUUCUCGGAGCUUGUCGAGCUCAAGGUAACCUCGACGUCGGUCUGGCUGCAGCGCAGAAGCUGUUCGAAUUGGAUCCAGCGCAUCGCGGAUACUAUGCGCUAGCGUCGAAUAUGUUCUCAGAAGUUGGGAGAUGGACGGAUGCGUCUCGUGUGAAGGUGAAGGUUGACGAUUUGGGAGUAGAGAAAGUUCGAGGUUGGAGCAGAGUUGAGAGUAGUUUCUGCUAA